GAGGAUGACACUGAAAAGGCAUCUGCAGAGUCUGGAAUUGAGACCAGAGGGAGCAAACUGCUUGGAAUGGAGGAAAAUGAGUCAGAGGGCGGUGUGGAGGAGGCAGAGGGCAUGUUGGAGGAGGCCGAUGGCCCGGAGGAGGACGCCUGUUUUGCAGGGAUGGACCUGGGGGCAAGUGGUGUGUCUGAGGGAGAGCAGGGUGUGGAGGAUACCAACUUGGCAGAAGGAGGGAUUGCCAAGGUAGCUGGCCCUGGAGAAGGCUCUUUAGAGGAAAAGGCUCUUUCUGAAAGAGAGGAGGCUGUGGAGAAGGCUGGAGCUGUCCUGGAAUUGUCCUGGGAUAUGAAGGUGUGCUAGUUUGAAGCAAUGGUUGUAGAAAACUUUGUACAGCAAAAUGAGUUUUUCCACCUGAAAACUUCAGGGGAAGAGUGGCUGGAGGUGGAGAAAACUGCCCCAGGAGCAGCCAUGUCUCAGGAACUGGUGGUAGAAGGGAGCUCUCUCCUCAGAGCAGAGGAUGCAGUGCAGUACUCUGUGGAGCUUGGCAAGGGCCCCGUGCUGCAAGUGGAAUCUGGAUUAGAGGCACUGGUGGAUGCUGGAGGGAAUCCCAUGAGUGAAGGGUCAUGUCACUUGGGAGAGACCAUGAGAAGAGAGGAGGAGGAGGGCUCAGAAUGGAGCUGCUCUGUGCCCCUGCACACCUACUCAGAUCUUCCCUUGCCACGUUGAUGGACAGAGGUGAUGCCAAAGGGGGCGCAUCAGUCCUGGUUUCACAAGAGGCCCAGUGAGGGUAGCACCCAGGGAGCAGCAGGUGAGCGAGAGGCAGGACAGAGGCAAGUGUGCUGCCAGUCAGGGGCAUCUCAUGAUGUCUGUUACUGAGACUUCUCUUCCCCUUCCACUGGUAGCGUUGGCAGCAGUUGGAAGCGAUGAGGAAGCUGGAAGAAUCUCUGAGGAUGGAGAAGUGGGAGAGAACCAAGCUGUUCCAGUGGGUCCAUCCAGUGAAGGGCAGAGCGGAGGCAAGCUCCACCAUUGCUGUUAGAGGCUCUAGCAGGUGACAGAGACAUAAUUUGUGCUCCUUCAGAUGGAACGCUCCAGAAGGUUAGUGGAUGGUGCCAGGCCUGCCUGCCUCCCACGCCCACCACUUUGUCAACUCAAUCAUCCUGACCUCCAGCUUGCUCUGGUUGGAGUAUGUGCUGCUCAGUCACACCUGCAACGUGCUCGUGACCAGGGCCUUCCUGGGAAGAAGUCUGCACUUGGCUCACCCUGACACCAACUUCAGGGACGAGAUCAAAGUCUAUCAGCAGCACUGCGGGGGAGAAAACCUUUGUGUCUACAAAGGCAUGGUGCUGGAAGGAGGUGCAUAAUAGCAAUGAAGGUGGACAAAAAGCCAUCCCCUCCCAAGAAGACCAAGGAGAACUAUCUGGAAAGGCGUGUGGAUUCCUUGGGAGAAGGAGUGCAGAGCGAGCCAAGUCAAGGCUGCCAUGGAAAGAGUCCAAGGAAAGACUCUGUGGUAGUCAUCUUACCAAGUCCUGAGGCAUGUGAGGACAUAAUGGAGACUGGAGAAGAAGGAAGGGAAGAGCUGUGUGAUGGUAAGAGCAAAGAGAGACAGGAAACCAGUGAUAGAAAAGGUACAGUAUUCCCUAACACAGGCAGUGGAGAGAGAGCUAUCUGCUGCCUCCUUCAGUAGCUUUACUGCAGUUCUGCUCCUCUCUCCAGGAAGUGUAUGAUGGUCACAGGCUCACAG